CAGAAGUCUGAGAUCAAAUCGCCGACUUGUUGGCGAAGGAAAAUCAUACUAGUAGAGAAUGAAGAUCCUAUGGUUGACAAUCAUCCUCGGAUUGUUGGCUGUAACGCAGGCGUCUGAUUCUGGGCCGGAUAAUCCGCCCGCAAUAGGGGAGGAUGGUGGAGCAGAUGAUGCUGGUCAAGACGAUGCAGAAGGGGGAGAUACUGAUUCUAAUGGUCAAGCGGUUUAUUCUAGUGUGAAGGCUCCCUCCGGGGGCGAAGCAGCGAAGGAUUCGCCAGGCGCAAAAAGUUUCAGAGUCAGAGGAAAAAGACCACCUUUGUGUCCUGAUGACAGAUACGUGAAAUGGCAACCGUUUUGUCCCAAACCAGAAAAGAAGUGUUAUUACCGAUUUUGUCUGUACAAGGCCAAGUGUGCUUACUAUAAGGGAUUUUACUUUUACCUUUAUAGACCACUUUAUUUCUGGGGAUAUCCGUGCCAGAGACAAGGCUCACCAUGCAAGAAUGACGUUUAUGGUGGAUAUCAGUAUAAUUGUUACUGUAGGACGUAUUGGAAAUGGGUAGAAAGAAGACGAUGGUUUUAUCAGGAUAUUUGUGGGAAAACAACCUACUAUCUGAAAUACGUUUACAUCAGGGUUCCGUGGGGAUGCUAUUGCCAAGGAUCCAAAUCCUACUACAUUCCGCCAUACAAGCCUGGGCAUGGUGGGCCUCGCGACGAUGGACCCUGGUAAUCGAACCUUGGACAGUGCGGCAAGAUGGAAGAAAAUGAGAUAUCCUGCAUUCUUGUUUAAGAAAUGUAUUUGGAACCGCAAUUUAAUAAAUUUGUCAAGCAUAA